CCCAACAACAUCAUUGUUUGUUCUGAAACAAAAAAAAAUCAAUCUCAAUUGUCACUGAAAUUCAUUCAUUCACCGGGUUGGUGGGAAAUCAAAUCACCUGAAACUAUCGAAAUCAAAAUUAGGGUUGGAAGAAUUUGAAGGAAGGAAGAUGUGGCAUGAGGCAAGGAGGUCGGAGAAGAAGGUUCACGACAUGAUGGAUGCUGCUCGAAAACGAGCACAACGACGUGCCGUUUACCUUGCAAAACGUCGUGGUGAUCCUAUGCAAUCAAUUCAAGUCGUUGGUUCUCGUUCUCGUGCUUAUCGUGAUGACGCGCUUUAUCAAGCCACCGAAGAUCAACAAGGAUUGAUACCCUGGAAUGGGAAACAAGAUAUUUUGAUUGACAGAUUUGAUGGGCGUGCUCUCCUAGAUUUCAUUCGGGAUAGUAGUUUUAGGCGUGUCCAGGAAAAGUCUGAAGAGGAAGAAGAAUUAGAAGAGUUUGUUAAUUUUGAGCGUUAUCGGGAUUUAAUAAAGCAUCGGCGUAGAGGAUUUACCGAUGAGGACGCUUUGCAACAUGUAAAUCUAGAGAUGGAGGCCAAGGCUGCUGCUCCAUUUGCAUCAGACAGAUCUAAUGUGUCACAGCCUGCUGCAACCAAAGGAUCUUACUCACAGGUUGGGUUUUCAUAUGACGGAAAUGGUAAAGAGGAAUCUCAGAUUUCAGAUGACGAUGAUGAGGAAGAUGAAGACGACGAGGAUGAUGAGGAUUUUAAUAGUGAUGAUAGCAAUGAUGAAGGGAUGGAGAUAAUUGCAAAAGAAUAUGGGGUCAAAAGGUAUGGCUGGCUUGUUUACAUGGACAAGAAAGCCAAAGAGGAACAAAAAAGGCAAAAGGAGAUAAUCAAAGGCGAUCCUGCAAUUAGGAAACUGAGUCGUAAGGAAAGAAGGAAGGCCUCUCAAGUUGAAAGGGAGAGAGAGCGAGAAGCUACACGGAUACCUGGAACUCGUGUGCUACAUCAUGACCCCUACCGGGAAUCAAGGCAAAGUCCUACUUACGAAGCUUAUUCUCGUUCUAGAAGGUCAAGGUCCAGAUCACGGUCCUACUCCCCGUCCUAUGCAAGGCGUUAUUCACGGAGCAGUCAUUUUGACGAUAUUCUCCGAAACAAAUCAAAGACUCCAAAAAUAGAAUACAUAACUGAAUUUGGGGGCUCUGGAGAAGCAGAUGGAACCAGGCGUGAAGGAUUUUCUCCACCGCGAUCUCCCACAUCUCGAGUUGAUACAUUAAACCGGUCAUCAUCUGGUUGUAUACUCGAAGCAUUGCAUGUCGAUCCUGCUUCUGGUGUAUCUAUUGAUAAAGGCGCUAAAGUCUUGAAGCCACCCGUAAGCACACCUUCAGGCUCUGCACUAGCAAAGUUAAAGGCAAGUGGUUCUGGAGGGAUCUUAAAACCUCAACCAGGGGAGAAGAAAGAAACACCUCAAGAGAGACUUAAAAGGAUCAUGAAUAAGCAACUGAACAAACAAAUCAAAAAAGAUACUGCUGCAGAACAAGCCAAGAAAAGAGAACAGGAGCGACAGAGGCAAGAAAAGCUUGCUGAAACUAGUCGAUUGAGUAGGUAUAGACGUCGCAGCCGCAGCAGGAGUUACAGUCGUUCCCCACCAAGAAGGUACAGGCGUAGUAGAAGUCCAAGUAGAAGUAGGGGUUCCAGAAGAUAUCACUCAAGUUCUCGCUCCCGUUCUCGGUCCCCUUCUCACACCCGUUCUCGGUCCCCUUCUCGCAACCGUUCUCCACCUCGUUCACGCUCUCCUUAUUCUCGUUCUCCCAGGCUAAGAAACCGUUCAAGGCACUGAUGAAACACUGCAUGCAUGAAAGGGCAACGAGGCUUGUAUGUAAUCUGUUUACAUUUUGCUCCGAAGUGGUUAGAGGGAAAACACUGUGCUUAGCUGUGUUGAAGUUGCGGUGGGCAAAUCUUUUUGAACAUGUCACUUUAGCAUUUGCUACUGUAUAUUUAUUAUUUACAUAUUGCGAGUAAUUUGAUGUCUCAAGAGUCCGACCAGGUACAUAUUUCUCAUGUACUAAAACCUUGGUUGACUUUUGUGAAAUCAAAAUUUGUAAUGUUUCCUUGAAGUUGUAGUCUUCAAAAGAGAAUGAUAAUUGACCUAUAAUAUGUUGAAGUUUGAAACCUGUUUUUACUUGGAAA